CCAGUCUCCUCCUUCCUCAAAAAUAACAGCUGGAGCAACAGAAGCGGAAGAAGAUCAAAUAAAAGCCAAACUCAAGAAUUCAUGUUUACCCAAUUCAUAUCGAUGAACAGGUUAUGAGAUCCAAAGAUUCAAAUAAUGAAAGAAGAAGAGCCCAAUUGGUUCUCUAGAUGGGAAGAAGAGCUUCCUUCCCCAGAGGAGCUUAUGCCCCUCUCCCAGACCCUAAUAACCCCUGACCUCGCUCUUGCCUUUGACAUUCGAAACCCUGGCACGCCACAUGCUGCUUCAACACCACCACCACCAUUACCUCCUUCCUCUCAACCCCACUCUGCCGAGUUCGAUUCGACUGAGUUAGGAUCCGCAACUGGAGGAGACGAGCCAGCUCGGACCCUGAAGCGUCCUCGAUUGGUAUGGACACCUCAGCUCCACAAGAGAUUCGUUGAUGCAGUAGCCCAUCUUGGGAUCAAGAACGCUGUGCCCAAGACGAUAAUGCAGUUGAUGAGUGUUGAUGGGUUGACUCGGGAGAACGUAGCGAGUCACUUGCAGAAGUACAGGCUUUACCUCAAGCGGAUGCAGGGGCUAUCUGCUGGUAACGGUGGUGGUGGUGCAGCAGGAUUGUCUCCCACUGACGCUGCAACGGAUCACUUGUUUGCGAGCUCCCCGGUGCCAAGGCAGCUCUUGCAUCCAGGGCCACCGGGGUCAGAUCACUUCUUGCCGUACGUGCCGGUGGCGGCUCUUCAGCACCAUCAGCAGCAGAUGGCAGCGGCGGCAUUGGCGGUGCAGCAGCAGCAGCAGUUUCAUCAGAGGCAGAUGGGGCAUUUUGGGUCGCCGCCGGGAGGGCAAUUCGAUCACGGAUUUUUUCCACGGCAGGCCCCAGGUGUGAAUAGGAUUGGAGCUGCAAUGCCAGCGCAACCUCCGGCUUAUGUAGAGGAUUUGGAGUCUGCAACUGGUGGAGGAGUUGGUGGUGGAGGUGGGAGGAAGGUUCUUACUCUGUUUCCUACUGGGGAUGAUUGAAGACCUUUGGUAAUUAUUGCCUUUUCUUUGGGUUCCUUUUUGAGUAUUGUGUUGAAUUUGGAGAAUUGGUUGG